UUUCUCACACAGGUGCGUCUUCCUCUGCUGCCGGUGGAUUUCCUCACAGCCACUGUUGCUAAAGAGGAGAUGAUCAAGGCCAAUUUGAGCUGCAGAGACCUUCUGGACGAAGCUCGGAAUUAUCAUCUGCAUCUUAGUAACAAGAGUGUUCCUGACUUUGAGUAUUCGAUCCGUACGACUCCCCGCAAGCACACCGCAGGUGUGUUGUUCUGUGUCGGGGGACGGGGCGGAUCCGGGGACCCCUUCCGCAGUAUCGAGUGUUACUCCAUCAGUAAAAACAGCUGGUUCUUCGGCCCUGAAAUGAACAGCAGACGCAGACAUGUGGGAGUGAUUUCAGUAGCAGGGAAAGUGUAUGCUGUUGGAGGCCAUGAUGGCAACGAGCACCUCGGGAACAUGGAGAUGUUUGAUCCACACACCAACAAGUGGAAGAUGAAAGCCUCCAUGAGCACAAAACGGAGGGGGAUUGCGCUGGCUGCUCUCGGCGGACCCAUCUACGCUAUCGGUGGUCUGGAUGAUAACUCCUGCUUCAGUGAUGUGGAGCGCUAUGACAUCGAGUCGGACCGCUGGAGCGCCGUGGCUCCUAUGAACACACCCAGAGGAGGCGUGGGAUCUGUGGCGCUCGGGGGCUAUGUGUACGCGGUCGGGGGGAAUGACGGCAUUGCGUCGCUAUCCAGCGUGGAGCGCUUCGACCCUCAUCUGAACAAAUGGACAGAUGUGCGAGAGAUGGGGCAGCGGCGCGCUGGAAACGGUGUCAGCGAACUCAACGGAUGCCUCUACGUUGUUGGCGGGUUUGACGAUAAUUCUCCGCUGAGCUCAGUGGAGCGCUUCGACCCCAGGACCAAUCACUGGGAGUAUGUGGCGGAGUUGACCACGCCCAGGGGUGGAGUCGGAGUUGCCACGGUGAUGGGGCGUGUCUUUGCAGUGGGGGGGCACAAUGGAAACAUCUACCUGAAUACAGUGGAGGCCUUCGAGCCCCGGAUGAACAGAUGGGAGCUGGUGGGCUCUGUCUCUCACUGUCGGGCCGGGGCCGGAGUCGCCGUCUGUUCCUCUCACAUCAGUCAGAUUCGAGACGUCGGCCAGGGCUCCAGUAACGUCGCUGACUGUAUGUAGCCACAUCGUCAUAGUUUGACUCACUUCAACACUAAUGCUUCAGCCUAAAUACACUCCGAACACCUGCAUUCAGCCGUGAUGUGGCUCUGGAUCAGGAGUCUGCUGUUGUGUUUAUUGAAUCAACUCUUUUGUGUACUAUAUGUCAAGAGAAGUUUAUUAUGUUUUUGCUCUAAUUUUGUUAGUGGAAAGUGUUUUUUUUCUAUCUGUGAGAUCACUGUGUCUGAUGGUUGUACUGAUUUCUGCUGCCUGAACUGCUGAAAGUAAUUUCUCUCUUAGACCAUAAGAAAUCGUCAGUAAACUAGACUAUAGUGCUCAGAAAUCUGAAUUGAUGUUCAGUCCUCUGAAAAUCCAUGACAUGAGUUCAGUAAAUCGUUCUUGUGUUUGAAAGGCAGAAUGGCAUCAGAUACUUAUAAAUGCACAAGCUUAAAAAACAUCAUUUUGUGACUUCAGGACACAGAACGAUCAAAAAGAGAUUGUUCUGUAGCCGGGUGUUUGUUUGCGUGAGUACAAUCACAGCCGUGAUCAGGACAAAAUGAGAGAUUCAUGAGCACUAGCAGAGUCAUUUGUAACGUGAUGAAAUGAGAGUGAUUCUUCUGUUGUGAGCCACGUCUCAUGUAUGACUUCAGUAAGACUGUCUUUAUGGAGCCCUGCUUAAGAUCUAGACUGGUUCUAGGUUUAGAUUUGUGCAGAACAGUCUAGAGCGAUGAUAUGUGAUCAAGGAUUGUGCUUCUGUUCUGCUUUUCACUGCCAAACAUGAGCUGAGAGAAGCUCAGAGAUGCUUGUAUAUGUUGCUGUUGUGUAUUCCAAAUGUAAAGCUUUUCUGGCUUGAUUUUAUUCCAUUCACUGUUUUAUAUGAUUUAG